AUGGCUUCACAAGGAAGCUCAGUGCCUUCACGGCAAAACAAACAACAACCCAAUCGCGAGAGGGAGGACUGGGAGGAUUGGGAGGACGACGAGGUGGUCACACCCAUCAUGGACGAUGAAGAAGACCUCAUUGCGGAUAAGUCCGCCGCACCCAGCCCGCUGAGGCCAAGCAAGCCGCCCUCGACAAGGUACUCGCAACCCCGGUAUUCGGUUCAAAAGUUGAGGCGGUUGAAGUCUCGACAACGGCAAAAAGCUCAGAACGCGAAGGCGGGAAUCAAAUUGGUGACGGACAUGGCAGUACUGCGACAGCAGCAAACUGCCCAAAACGGCAGCCCUCAGAUACGACAACCCAAGUUUGUAGAUGCUGCGGCCCUACGAGCACUCGAGGGUGAGCCAAACUCAGCAUCUGUCGGUAGCUGGAACUGGUUGAAGAAGAAGUCCUCAGAUCAGAGCGGCAAGUCGCCUUCCUCAAGCACAAGGUCUCCUCAGACUGCCACUCGCAGCCCUCGAGAACCAGACCUCUCUCCAAACGACCGUCCUAUUGUCAUUGGAAUCGCCCUGCCAUCAGAUAUGGCUGGCACGGAAAUCAGUCCACAAACAGCCGUUCUGGAGACACCCCAUGACUUGCCACCCAGGUACAACAAACAACCUCCUGCGGCAAGCCAAAAUAAUGUCACUCCCUUGACUCCUUCUCAGCAAAGAUCAGUCUGGAGUCCCGACACGCCUGACUCUGCUUCUUCCUUCCAGGGUCCACGGCCGACUUCUAGUAUCUACUCGCAGGUCACCGGCUUGGGUGUCCGUGUGGCCCAUGAUGCACCGCCAGUCCCGUCUGUGCCCUCCACUUACAAGCAGCAAGAACGGGUGGUCAGUAUUGUCCUCAAGAACAAUGCCGACGACUCCGACGACGACGGUGGAAGCCCCUGCACCUUGUUCGAGGAAGACGGCGUGGCCUCCAAUCGACAAAAGCCGGUCAAGGCCAAGGAUGUAUCAAAGAGUCCCGGAAGCGCAGAGACCCAGACUCGUGGUUGGUGGGAUCACGUCACGACCCCGUUUAUGAAUAAGAGCCCGGUUGCUACAUUCAAGAGUGAAUCACAGCCAGUCAAACCUUCAGAACAUGACGACUGGUGGAAUGAGAAAUCGCCAAAGGCCAACACCUCAAAAGCGACGCACCCGGAGUCUACGAUUGUUAAAACGGUAGAAAUCAGACAAGUUACUGCUCCCAUUCAGAGACCUGGUCUUCCUGCAUCUCCCAAGCCAUCACCACGGAACAUCCAAGCACCGAUAGUUAGAGUUCCUACUCCCAGGCGAACCCCGUCACCACUCAUGGACCGUCGUGAGCCAUCGCCGGCAACAUCCUCUCGUUCAGGCACUCCAAGGCCUCAAGCUCAGUCAGAGAAGGUGCCUAUUGCCGAGCCAAGCCCGGCUCCCUCAGAGCAGCCGCCUCCGUACUCCCCUCCGCCGCAGCAACGAGCCGUCAAAUAUCGUGCUGUCUUUCCUGCUGGCCACCCGCUGCAAGCACUCUAUCCCCCUUCCCCAGGCCCGAUCUCUCCUGCCAUCAACGGCACAAUGAGUUCUCAAGGAGGUAUCAACUUGACCGACAUACCGCUUACACCAGCACCAAGAGGCACUACUCCCGAUGGACAACAUCGUCUACCGGAAAGGGUCGCUGGCACAUACAUCCCACAAGAGCAUUCCCUCGCAGCAGAUGGGGACGCCCACCGUGUCGAGAGGCAGCGCCGCCGCCACGAGAAGGAGGAGGUGAUGGCACGCAAGGCAGGUGGCUUCUGGAAGGGUCGCGGGUGCGUACCGACAAGUGGAUGCUACGGGCGCAGCGGCCGAGAGGGCCGCAAGAGAAGGCGUGUAUGCUUGGGGGUGUGUGGCGGCAUACUUGCUCUCAGCAUUCUCAUUGUUGUCCUCUGCGUUAUGCUCAUCCCAGGGGGCGGCUCCGCCCCUCAGGUGGACAGCAUCUUUGUCAACCUCACCAACUUCCCUCCGAUGCCUACUGGAGUCCUCUCCAUGGUCGGGCCGGACAAUACCGCGGCAGUCACUGGAUGCAGCAGCCCUUCCACCGUUUGGAGUUGCGCGCUGCCCAAAGAGGAGCACGAAUCUGCGGCACCUUACCGCCCAAAUCAACCUACGUUCAUUAUGCAGAUCCAGUGGGAUAACAGUUCCCAGAACCUGUGGAAUGUUCCCAACGGCGCACCGCCUCGUCCCGGAACUAAGAGCACGAAGCGCGGCGAGGUACACGGCGGACUGCUAGCCAGAGCUGGAGCAUACAUCCGCCGUCAAAAUGCCGCCUUCAAGCCCAACCCUUCCCCGCCGUCCUUCCAGGAGAUGUACUUCCUCGGAAAUACAACGGACGGUGUCGUCUCUGACGAAAAGGGUGGCGAGCCGACUCCGUUCUAUCUCAGCAUGCUCAGGUCUGUAAACGAUACAGUCGGGCCCAACGCUAUGGACAAGCGCCAGAGCUCAGGGGGCGGUGAUAUUUCCGUCAACCUUCCUCCUCCUGACCUUGAGGCCGAUGGCACCGGGGCUCCAGCCCAGCUCUUCCCCCAUGCUGUCCAGCAACCUGUCCGCUUGUACGAUCGCGGCUUGCCGACGGAGCACUACGGCUUCUACACAUACUUCAAGCGCACUAUCUACCUCAAGUCUGUCACAACCCUGAACGGGACCGACGGUGAGAGUGAUGUGCCUCUUGACAAGGACGGCGGUUCCCGCAGGAGCGAGGCCAAGUUCCUCGUGACGUGGUCCCAGACGCGCUUCCUCGUGCAGAUCUGGACGCGGUCGCAGAACACCACACAGCUAUUGGGCAACCGUGACGGCACUGAGAAAGGUGCAACCAUUGCGGAAAGCCCCGGCAUGAUGCCGUACCCCGUCACGAUCAAGACGGACACCCAUGGCGGCAAGUCGGGCGAGAAGUUUGUGUGGCACUGGCCAGUCAAUGAUAGACAAGGUAUUGAUACUAGUACCCCCAAGCUGUUGCCCAACGAUCUCAGCUUCGGGGGCACUAGGGUGAACCCUCGCAAGGACAGGGACGAGUCGUUUGGAGGAUUCGACGGGGGCACUGGCGGUUGCCGCUGUGAGUGGGUGAACUUUGUUUCCAAGAGAGAUAGCAGCAGCAGUUGA